AUUUUAAUCAAUUGUUUAUGUUGUGUUGAAAUUAUGAUGGAGUAGCUGUGCGAAAUCGGCUAGUGCUUCUUUCAAUUAGUAUGGCCUAUAUAAAUAUAGCAGAAUGGACGCCCGACCAAGUUACAGAUUGGAUCCGAGGUCUCGACGAGUCCAUGGAAGCGUAUUUAUACGAAUUUUCAAAACACGAAAUCGGAGGUCGAGCACUGCUCAAUAUACGGCCAUAUGAAUUGGAAAAUUUGGGCAUGAAGGCUAUCGGUCGACAGGAAAUCGUCCUUGAAGCCGUUGAGAAUCUGCGUAACUUUCAUUAUCACUUGAAGAAUGAUAAUCUACAGUUUAUGGCAUUGCAUGUGGGCACUGCGGCCCGCAAUUUACAUCGGGAAUUGGCCAAAAAUCAUGCGGAUAGCACAAACAUCGACACGCGCACACUGCAUGAUAUUACGCGUACGAUUGCGACUCUGAAGCCGCUGAUUGGGAAUUUGGAGCGAUCGCCGUUUCGCAAUCAGGACAUGUAUCGGGAGUACUGUGGCAAUGUGUUGCGCUGUGGCCUGGAGUUGGCCACGAUAGCGCACAGGGAUCGUUUCGCGGAGCGUCCAGUUGCUCAAAUCAAAGCGACCGCAGAGCGUUUGGAACGUCUGGCUAACUUCAUAAUCCAGGAUAUUUCGGAUCCGAUGGUGCUGCAGCCGGCGUCUCUCAAUCUGGUGACACUGAAGAAACGUGAAUCGGAUCUGGGCUUUAACAUCGAGUCGAGCUACAAUGGCAUUCACCGCGUCACAGAUAUCAAAUACAAUUCACCCGCCCACAACUCGGGCAAGAUCGAGGAUGGCGACGAAAUCGUCCAAAUCAACUACCAGACAGUCGUCGGGUGGCAGCACAAGACUGUGCUGCAUCAUCUGUGCGAAGCGCUGCCCGAUGUGGUACUCACUGUGAAGAAACGGCCAAAGCACACCAAGAUGUAUGGUCAGAUUUAUAUGCAGCCAUAUCGGCUGCCCAGCAAGAAACGCAACAUGGCCAGCCGAUGGGCCGACAAUUUGCCCAGUCCGAGUCCACGCGCCGCAUUCUUAACCCUUGAGUCAGCUCACAAGACGCCGCGAAGUGAUGACGGCCAGGGCGUCAAGGUGAAGGAACUUGUGAAGGAGCAGGUGCAGGCGCAUGCUGCUUCCGACUCGGACUCCAGUUGCAGUGAUAUACCCACACCCACRGAUCCAAAGUCUGCCAGUCGYGAGAUGCGUUUGUACUAUCCCAAGCCACGGGCGCUACUGCAGCGRCGCAACACAAUUUGUGGKGACGAAUUCCUUAGCCUGAARCAUCCACAUUUGGUGAUACCCUCAUGGCAUGAACGCAAGCCAGGUAGCAGCGGCGGUGGCGGUGGUGCUAUCUGUGAUCCUGGCUCGCCCAGCAUUCGAGACAAGUCCAUCUCCUUCGGCUAUGGCCUCGAGAUAGCGCCCCGGCCCACCACCUGCAUAGGUCUGGCAGCCAGCGAGAGCGCCGACACGGACAAGCGUCUGUUCAACGAGGCGCGCAAAUUGAAGCAGCUGACCGAGGCGGGCCUGGCGUCCCAGCAGCAGCUGCAAAUKCUGGACCGCUACAAGCCCGGUGUCAGCAAAGUGGUGCGCUUCGAUGCCAACAUGAAGGUGGAGGAUUAUGUGGUUAAGAACGAGAAGUUUACGUGCAAUGUGGAAAAUACAAUACUGGAAACCUUUGAGCCAAUACCCUUCGCCGACGAAGGGGACGAGGAUGCGUUAGAGACGCUGCGUAGCUGUGCCAACGAAACCAGCGCCGAACUAAUCCAAGCCAUGGAAUUGGCCACGCGCGAAACGCCGCCGCUGGCGGAGGCCAUCAACACACCGCUCAUYCAACAGCAGCAGCAGCAGCAGAAUCGACGUGGCCGCCUGGACAAAAGCCAUAGUACACCGGCCUAUGACAAUUCGGGCGAGGAGGAGUCCGAUACACCGCCGCCGGCUAUUGAGCCACGCAAAGAGUUUUUACAAGUAACGCCGCCAGCGCCGCCGCCACGUCCGCGCAAGCCACACGAACUCACACCCGUUGUGCCACCACCGCCGCCAAAGCCGGCGAGCAUGCAGCAAGCAAGCACUGCUACUGCAAGCACUGCACUCAUGGCAACCACUCCAAGCACCGYAACCACUGCAGCGGCUGCAGCAAUGGCAGCAGCCACAACGGCUGCCACAAUAGCAACCACAAUAACCACUGCUAAGGAGCAGGAGAUCAGCUCCACAAAAUUGGGAACGGAACGAGACGAAACGAAACGGAAUUAG